UGCUGCAUCCCCUUGGGGGGGGGCCCAGCAGCAAAAUGCUUCGAAUCUGCUGCAGGACUUGGAGACGCAACUUAAAAAGCUGCAGCAGAUGCUGCCCCCGCAGACACUAAACACUGAGCAGCAGCAGCAGCAGCAGCAAAGCCAGCAGCAGCGAAAGCAGCAGCAGGAAGAGCAGCAGCAGGAUCAGCAGCACCAAGAGCAGCAACAACAAGAUCAGGAUCUGCUGCAGCUGGAGCAGCAGCUGCAUGAGCAGGAGCAGCAGCUGCACGAGCAGGAGCUGCAGCAGCUGCAGCAACUGCAGCAGCAGCUGCUGGAUCCUGCUGCUGCGCCUCCUGAAGCAAAGCAGCAAAUGCCUGGCGUUGAUGAGAGGCUUCAGCUGCUGCUGCAGCGAGCAGCGGAAGGCCCAGGAGAUGGGGGGCCCCACCUCUAUGACCGAGAGAGUGACGCAGCAGCGGAGAGCGAAGCAGCAGCAUUUGCUGCUUCAGGCCUGGAGGGCCUCACCCCCCUUGAGGUUGCUGCAGCAGCACCGCAAGCAGCAAGAAAUGUUGCUGCUGCUAUUAGAGGAGUCUCCUGCAGUAUCUCUGCCCACAACCAUCAGCAGCAGCAGCAGCAGCAGCAACAGCAACAGCAAGAGCAGCAACAGCAGCAACAGCAAGAGCAGCAGCAGCAGCAACAGCAGGUGCUGCAGGAGCAGGACAGCGAGCAGCAGCAACAGCAGCUGCAGCAAGAACAGGAGCAGCAGCAGCAGCAGGCUGUCGAGGUGGAGAAGCUGAAGGGUUUGCUGCCUCUAAAGAACGAAGGUGCUGCUAUUAAAGAAGUUGUUGCUGCAGCAAAAGGCCUCUGCAAGGAGAUGAACAUUGGCCCAUUGGAUGUGCACACAGAGCGGCUACCGUCGGGAGUGACGUGA